AUGGCCACCGCAGAUGAAGCCGACAUCGCCGCCACGCCCAUGGCAUCCUCCGAAAAGGAUGACGCGAUAGCCAUGGUAGGCGAGGAGAAGCAUGCCAUUGACCCUGCGGUCGAGGCGAGAGUCGUUCGCAAGAUUGACAUGUUUCUGAUGCCAACCAUGGUACUUGGAUACGGGCUCGUAUAUUACGACAAGGCCAUACUCGGCUCCGCGGUUCUUUUCGGCAUGACCCGAGAUCUGGACCUCUUCAUCACCGACAAUGCAACAUCUCCGCCGACAGUCGACACGCGGCGCCUCAGCUGGGCCACGUCCCUCUUCUACUUUGGCAUGCUCGCCGGGCUGUACCCCAUGACAUACGCCCUGCAGCGCUUCAACAUGGGCCGAAUGCUGGGAGUCAUUGUCAUUCUCUGGGGGGCCAUAUGCAUGCUCACCGCGGCCGUGACCUCGUGGCGGGGACUCUACGUCCAGCGCUUCUCGCUGGGCUUCGUCGAGAGCAUCGUGCCCACGGGCUUCAUGUGCAUCGUCUCCAGCUACUACACGCAGUCGGAGCAGUCUGCCCGCCAGAGCUGGUGGUACAGCAGCAACGGCUCCUUCGUCCUCGUCGGCGGCGGCCUGAACUACGCCUUCGCCCACGUCGCCGGCGGCGCCCUGCGCCCGUGGCAGUACAUCUACCUGCUGGCCGGCGCGCUGACCCUGCUCUUCGGGUGCCUGUGCUUCGCGAUCCCCAGCUCCCCCGUGUCGGCGUGGUUCCUCACGCCCGAGGAGCGCUUCGCGGCCGUGGAGCGCCUCCGCCACGGCCAGACCGGCCUGCGCUGCGCGAGGUUCAAGCCGUCGCAAGUCAGGGAGGCCGCUGCCGACGCCAAGGUCUGGCUCGUCGCCUUGAUCAUGGCCGCGACGUAUACCGUCAACGGCGCCGUCAGCGGCUUCGGCCCCCUCAUCGUCUCGACCUUUGGAUGGUCCGCCCUGCAGUCCGUCCUGCUGCAGUUCCCGCUCGGGGCGCUCUGCGCCGUCGUCAUCGUGGCCACGGGCUGCCUUGGCUCCCGCUUCCCCAACGCCCGUAUCGCCAUGCUCGUCGCGUGCUGCCUCCCCGUCAUCGCUGGCUGCGCGCUCAUCUGGAAGAGCGAGUGGACGCACCACGCGGCCGCGCCUGUCGUCGGAUAUACAAUCACCGGCUUCUUCGGCGGCACUGCUAGUCUCACCAUCUCCAUUGGGAUGUCCAACGUCGCUGGCCACACCAAGAAGAGCUUCAUGGCGGCCACGACCUUUGUCGCCUAUUGCGUGGGCAACAUUGUCGGCCCGCAGCUGGUUUGGUCUGAGACCAGGGAGGACCAUUAUCCCGCCCUGUGGUCGGGCUUGAUUAUAUGGUAA